AUGCCGUAUGCAAAUAAAAGAAAAGCGAAUAUUGAAAAACUGUUAAAACAAGAAGCGAGUAAAUGCAAAAAGGUAUCGGAUUUCUUCACAAAGAACGAAAAUGCAAGAACAUCGUCAUCGACAUCGUGCGAUACAAACGUUGAGAAAGAGUCAGAACAAUUAUUAAAUAUGGCGCCAAUUGAAGUGGAAAGCGAAGUACAAGGCACUGCAGCUACUGGAGGCACUGACCAAGGAGAACCUCGUAAAGACAAUGAACUGAAUGAAGUGGAUUUUGAUAUUCGAAAUUCAGAUAGGGAAGGUAAUGUUCAAUUUGUUCAUACACGGGCUCCUUCGAAUAAUAUUCCAAGCAAUACUACACCUUCGACCUUAUCGUCAACAAGCUCUGCAAAUAUAAACAGCAUUACUUUGGUUACAACAAGUGACGUUGGUUUGCCAAUAAGCACAGCAAACACAUCGUCAACGCAAAUGACUACUGAAACCACUACUGAGUAUUACAGAGGCUACCCAUUAAACCUAAAAGCACUUCUAGGAAAAUUUGGAGAUGGUGUACUAUCUCAAUAUUAUGAACGAAGUAGAGUUUCAACGCAGAAUCGCCAGAGAGCUAGGGUUUUUGUCAAGUGUUGCAUCUGUGGUGAAUUCGAAGAGGAAGCAAAGCGCUUUUCAGCUAAUGGUAGAGUGUACAUGGCACAAGGUGUGCGUUGUGAUGGGAAGAAAAAGAUACAAGAUGUAAUUGAUCAUCUACUGGGGCCUUCACAUAGAGCAGCUCAAGAAAAGAAACAGCUAUCCAGGUGGUGGAAUGCCAAAGACAAACGUCACCCAUUUAUUAACUUGGCAACAAAAAGUGAUCCAACAGUUGUGAAGACCUUGACUGAAAUGGCAGUAGAGGUCUAUAAUGACAGUAAAUCUUUGACUUUAGCUGCCUGGUCAUGGCCAGGUAGAUCUCUUGCUAAUUUACAUGCACAACAACAGUUUAGGUCUUUAACUGACAGUGACAACGUACAAAGUUUUACCCCGUUUAAACCAAGUGGAGAGGAACUUCAUUAUAGGGAUCCAAUGCAUUAUGCAGAAAUGUUGGAGAUAAUAGGAGAUACAGAGAGAAGCACCUUAGAGAAGAACUCCAGAACUGUAUUUGUUUUGCUGCACAAAUGGAUGGUUCUGUCGAUGCUAGGCAACAAGAUAAGAAAUUUAUAUUUGUUCGAUUCAAUACACCCGAGGACCCUCUUUCUAUUAAGACAAGAUUUGCAAGUGCAAGGGAAAGUACCUAGCGUGGUGCUGAAGGUUUGUGUUCUGCCAUGACAAACUGUUUUGAUGACAUGGGCCUUUCUAAAGAAUGUUUGCAGUCAAAAUUUGUUGGGAUGAGCACCGAUGGAGAGUCUGCAAACACUGGUAAGGAUUCUGGACUGUGGGCUAGAGUUGAAAAUUAUGUUGGUCGUUCAACAAGAAAUAUCUGGUGUGCAUGUCACCGAUCAGACUUAGCAAUGGAAGAUGUGAUGAGGUAAUAAUAAUAAUAAAUUAAUAAUAAUAAAAUAAUGAUUACAAUAUUUCAUUAGGAAGUCCACUCACAAAAGAGAUUUUAAGUGAAGCCCUGAGCAAAAAAAGAUAAAAAAAUAAAUUAUAAGGCUAUAUUAAUGUUAACAUUUAUAAUGUCUUAGGUUGGUACCUGAACUGAAAAUCUGGCUUUCCAAUGUAACGGGAGUAGCUACUUAUUACCGCACAUCAGGACUAAGGAGUUGAAGACCAUAAAACCAGACAUGAGAAGUUUUCCUCCUCAUCAUGAGGUAAGGUUUGCUCAACAUCUUGUUCAACUUUGUGGAGCGAUACUAUUCAAUUUAGAUGGAUGUUUAAAGCACUGGCAAAAGAUUUGUGAUGCUCCUCGAGAAUAUAAUACCAAGGAGGUAUCGUCUGCAAAAGGAUUUUUAAAGUUGUGGCAACCAACAGGAGUGCAAGCAUGGCUAACUGCUGUUAUGGUGGACACAUGCUGUAUCUUCAGAUAUAUUGAAAAAGAAGCCCAGAAGCCUGGCAUUAUCAUUCCUGAUAUCUUGAAGUACAGAGAUACUGCCUUGCAAAAACUUGAUAUAAUGCAAACAGAGCCAUAUCCAGGUAAAAUAUAUAUAGUUAGUAAGUUACUUUGUUUAUAGAAAACAAAUUGAACUCACUCUUAUUUGAGUUCUUUAACAAAGGUGUAUUAUUCAUUACAUUGUAUGUUAUUUUACUGCACAUAGGUGGGCAGGAGGAGUUAUUAACAAAGAAGAUUGCAGAACUGCAUCCAGAGAAUGAUGAAGCAGUGGAUAAUACACCAAGAAGGACACACAACACCAAUGUGACAACGUUUCGUAGAGGAAAACAACCUAUCAGGCAAGAGGUUAUUGAUUCUUCAAGGAAUUUUCUCCAGGUAAAAUGAGAUAAAUAACUAAUCUCAUAUCUGUUUAGCAAUCAGGUCACACCAUAUAAAGUUUUUAAUUACUAUUACCUAUAUUUUUUAUGUAUAUCAUUAUCAUGUUUAGACCAGGCUCAACGAGGAACAAACAGAAAUUGUAACAACCAUUAUCAACUUGACCUCAGCAAAACGUGCAAUUGAAUUCAUCAACAUUGCAUUACCUCAACUUGAAUCAAGUGGAAUCACUGAUAAACAAGCAUUUAUUGAUGCAGUUUUAGAAAAUUUUACGGAAAUGCUUCCUGAUACACAUAUUCCUGCAAGAGACUAUGGUGUGAGACUCUAG